AUGGCCGAGGCCGCAGCAGGCCGCGAAGGCAACACCGCAACGAGGCGACAAUCCUUUCGCAAGACCCUCGCCGACGCUGGCCUCCCGCAGGAAUAUCUCGAUGCUCUCGAACAGAAACGAAAACAGCUCGAUGACUCAAUCCACAAGUACAUUGCAGCCAAAGAAAGAGACUACAAGGCCUUUGAGAAGGAACUGAGGCAGCAUUACAAGUUCGAGCAGGACAGAGGGGGGUCUUCGGGCAAGCUACGAAAGACGACGACCUCAGAGCCGGCCAUUGCGUCGACGUCGCCGACACACCGCGUCCACGACCAGCAUCAGAAUGCCUUGGACGCAUUGAUCAACGCUGGCCUACGGCGCAACCAAUUGGGUCAGUCGGUUGCAGUCGCGGUGGUCGAAGACAACGGUGCUGGCACAACACUGGAAGCGAGGCCCAACCUCGCUGGCCUGGUAGAUCGCAGGGCAAGCGUGGAACGAGACAAGGACUUUGUCGGUGUCUUCACACCGGCCUUUCUACCUGCUCUCGCCAACAAGAACGACGACGAAAGUCAUGAUCGCGAGCUCCCCGAGCGCGGUGACUCCGCGCCUCUCCUUAGAAAUGCCAGCCCACAUGCCCCCGAGCCAAACGGCGUGCAGCGCGCCAAUUCCGACUCCAUGCAAGCAAAGAACAAACGCCCCGUAGAGCUGCAGAUGCCACAUAGGACGUCGUCUUCGGGCUCAUCCACGGACGGCCGACUGACUUCCGUACUCAAGUCGCCUACUCAUCCGGCACGCCCUCAUCGGAAGAGGGUAUCGCUAGCGAUUGGAGACUUCGUUGUGAAGCCAUCGGAUAAUGUGCCGUCAAGCAUGACUAGCAACAAUAGCACACCCUCACAUUCUAGGACACGUUCGCCCACGAAUGGUUCAGACGAUGCACUUGUCGCGCAAGCGGUUGAGUCACUCAAUGCUGUUCGUAGGCAAGCUCGCGAUUCCGUCAUGGCAUCCUCGUCUUCCUCAGGUCUUUCCAACUCAUGGACAGCUUCGCCCACCGACUCUCCUUCAAUCGAUGGCAAGCUUGCGCAGUCCAAUGGCAAGACAGCCGAAUCGACGAAAGUCAUUUCACCCGCAUCGACGCCGCCAUCGAUUCCAAGUGCAGCCGCGACGAAGAAGUCAUCAAUUGACGCUGAUGGAGACCUCUUUGAUUUACACGAUGAAGACGAUGAUCUUCCUGCCCCGACAGACCGCUCAGCUGACGACUCGAUGGACAGCGAGGAUGAUAUUACCGGCCGGGUACAAAGGGGCCCCGCAGGAUCUGAAGACGAAAUAUACGAUGAUGAUGCCGGCCUAGUGCCGGAUCACGAUUCAAAAGACCAUGCCGAGCAUGUCGAGUUUCGACCCGGGUCAGUCUCAUUCUCGAAGCAACCCACGAAUCCUGGGUUUCGUAGACCAUCGGUAUCCCUGGAUCCCGUGUACAGAGGGCAGGAUUACGCACAAGCUGAGCACAAUUCUGUUACGAAUGAGAUCUAUGGGUCAUCGUACAAUCGACCUAACAAAGGCUCGUUCACCCCAGGAUCAGUCGGGGAGUCCUUUAUGGCUCGGAAUGCUGAAUUGAUACGCAAUCAAGCAACGCAGGAACAGGUACGGUCUUGA